CCCCAUGGGGGCAUCCACUUCUCUUCCAAACUCCCUGGCUCCGAACAUGAACUCCUGUCUCGCCCCAAGCAGCCAGCAGCCGGCCCUGAUGAGGCCACCGCCCCUUCUACUAACUCGCCGUCGCGAUACGUGAAGCGAUGUUUACCUGUCAUACGGGCUCAUAUCUGCCGAGUGGGGGUUGCGGUCGUAUUGCUCCCCGCGUAUGCCGCGGCCAACGCCGUGAGAUAACUAUCCGACACCGGUUCGGCGGAAAAGCCGCCGCAGAACAGGCGCCAAGGCCUUGGGGGACCGCUUGAAUAAACCCACCCACUCCAAUACCCUGGGAAAUUGGCCCAACGAGCGGUUAAACUAGACCAGUAUUAAUACCCGAGGUGGCGCCCGGGGCCUACGGUUAGGUUAAUAGGACCAACGCCCUCGGCCAGUCCCCUCGUGAUACCUAGAAAUCAUCCUUCAUCGGGCGCGGAACAAAGCUUGGCUCGGACAGAACAGAAAAAUGAAGCCCUACCAGCUUACCGCGGCGCAAGCUCAGGCGGAAAUCCGCAACGGCUCGCUGACCAUCGAGCAGUACGCCCGGUCGCUGCUCGCGCGGAUCGAGCAGAGGGACGCCGACGUCGGCGCCUGGGCCCACCUCGACCCGGAGUACGUCGUGCGCCAGGCCCGCGUCCUCGACUCGGUGCCGCCCGAGCAGCGUGGCCCGCUACACGGCCUCGCCGUUGCCGUCAAGGACAUCUUCAACACUAAGGACAUGCCGACGCAGCAUAACUCGCCCAUCUACGCCGACAGCCGCCCCGGCAUCGACGCCGCCGCCGUCGCCGUCCUGCGCACCGCCGGCGCCCUUGUCCUCGGCAAGACCACCACCACCGAGUUCGCGUCCAUGGCCUCCCCGACCAGCACCCGGAACCCCAACGACCCGGCCCGCACCCCCGGCGGCUCCUCCUCUGGCUCCGCCGCCGCCGUCGCCGACCUCCAGGCCCCUCUCGCCCUCGGCACCCAGACCGGCGGCAGCAUCAUCCGCCCGGCCUCCUUCAACGGCAUCUACGCGCUUAAGCCGACCUGGGGCGCCGUCAGCCGCGAGGGCGUCAAGGCCUACGCGCCGAACCUCGACACCGUCGGCUUCUUCGCCCGCGCCGUCGAUGACCUGCAGCUUCUCGUCGACGCUUUCGCGCUUGAGGACGACGAUGACGGCGGCGCCGCCGAUGCCCCCUUCUCGGUGCGCGGCGCGCGCUUCGCCGUGGUCAGGACCGUCGCGUGGCCGAGCGCGGGUGCGGGUACGCGCGCGGCGCUGGAGGCGGGGGCGGCGCUACUGCGCGCGCACGGCGCGGCGGUCGACGAGGUCGCGCUGCCGGUGGCGUUCGACGCCGCCCCAGGGUGGCACGAGACGGUGAUGCACAGCGACGGGCGGGCAGCGUUUCUGGCGGAGCACCGGGCGGCGCGGGCGCAGCUGGCGCCGUUCCUGGCCGGCCACGUCGAGAACGCGCGCGGCAUCACGCGCGCCGCGCAGUGCGCCGCUCUCGACGGGCUCGCCGCCCUCCGCCCCCAGAUCGACCGCCUCGCCGGCGCGUACGACGCCAUCCUCACCCCCAGCGUCGUCGACGAAGCCCCCGUUGGUACGGCGUCCACCGGCAGCCCCGUGCUAAAUGCCAUCUGGACGGCCCUCCAUACACCAGUGAUCAACAUCCCAGGGUUCAAAGGGGAGAACGGCAUGCCUAUCGGCUUGUCUUUAGUCGCACCGAGGUACCACGACAGACGCCUGCUUACCGUCGCUAAGGCUGUGGGGGAGGUAUUUGAGUCUGAAGGGGGGUGGGUGCGACAGGAGCGGCGCUGA